AUGGGGGCGUAUAGAGCAGACGAUGAUUACGAUUACUUGUUUAAGAUAGUGUUGAUAGGAGACUCAGGCGUGGGAAAAUCGAACCUGCUUUCUAGGUUUACUCGUAAUGAGUUCAGUCUGGAGUCGAAAUCGACGAUUGGGGUGGAGUUCGCCACUCGCAGUAUUACCGUGGAGGAUAAAGUCAUCAAAGCUCAGAUUUGGGACACUGCUGGUCAAGAAAGAUACCGUGCAAUCACAAGUGCAUACUAUCGAGGAGCCGUCGGGGCAUUGCUUGUAUAUGAUGUCACGCGAAAUGUCACAUUUGAGAAUGUAGAGAGAUGGCUCAAAGAGCUCCGCAAUCACACAGAUUCCAGCAUCGUCAUCAUGCUUGUGGGGAACAAGGCCGAUCUGCGUCAUUUGCGUGCUGUCUCCACUGAAGAUGCUAUGGCGUUUGCUGAGAAUGAAGGUACCUUUUUUAUGGAAACCUCUGCUCUGGAAUCCAUGAAUGUUGAAGAUGCCUUUACAGAAGUGCUUACUCAGAUACAUCAAGUUGUGAGCAAAAAAGCUCUUGAAGUAGGAAAUGAUCCAGCAGCUGUGCCGAAAGGACAGACAAUUAAUGUUAAUGAUGACGUGUCAGCAGUGAAAAAAGCUGGAUGUUGCGCUGCUUAGAAUAUGGUAAAUUGAUAUGUGCACUAACUUUCCAAUAUUCAGUAUUAUCUUAUGUUUCUGCGGCUGAACCUUUCCAUAUCAAUCAUGGUUUAGCCUUGCAUACCGGUUCCGGUCAACAAAUCUAGAGUUUUUGGCUGAAUUAAAAGCUUGAAGUUCACUGGUAUUCAAAUAUGUAGGUGUGGUCUGGGAAGGCUCAAGUAAUUUGUUUUAUUUCUCAGGGAUUUUAAUCUUUCUAUGGUCGAUAUAUAAAGUCAGUUAUAGGUAUCCCUUGCUUAGAUCCUAUUCAAUUAUUUGGCAUAGGUUUUUUUUUCCCUUCCUUUACGGUGCAAUUGCUUUUCUAGUAAUGUAGUGGCGAACUGGCGACAGUUAUUUUGUAAUGUAGAAAGGUUAACAUGCUAA